UUAUAAUAUAGUGUUAUAAUAUAUUAAAUUGUAGAGAAUUAAAAAAUAAAAUUAAUUAUGAUAUUUAGUCCCCAUUGAGAAUAAUAAAAAUAAUAAUAAAUUAUAAAUAAUAAAAUUAAUAUUACUGGGAAUAAAACACAUAAAUGGCGGAGCAUUUGGCUAGGAUAAUUGGAACUGAGGAAGACAGAGUAAAUUGCCCUUUUUUCUGGAAGAUCGGAGCCUGUCGCCAUGGAGAUCAAUGUAGCAGAACACAUUAUAAACCUUCAGCGGCACAAACACUUGUUAUUCGUCAUAUGUACCAAAAUCCUCCAGUCGCAAUUGCAAUCGCUGAAGGACAAAUGAUAUCGGAUGAAUUGUUGGAUAAGGCGGCGGAUCAUUUUGAGGAGUUUUUUGAGGAGGUUUUUUUAGAGCUUAUGAAGUACGGAGAAAUCGAAGAUAUGAUCGUCUGUGAUAACAUCGGCGAUCAUAUUAUCGGAAAUGUAUACAUUAAAUACUCUGACGAAGCCGCAGCCUGUAGAGCCGUCACAUCUCUCUCCGGCAGAUACUACGGUGGUCGUCCGAUACAGUGUGAGUAUACGCCUGUAACGGAUUUUCGUGAGGCUCGUUGUAGGCAAUUUGUAGAAGGCCAGUGUAGACGUGGCGGAUAUUGUAAUUUUAUGCACAUAAAACAUGUGCCAAGAUCACUGAGAAGAAAAUUAAUGACCCGAAUGUAUCAAGAAUUCCCAGAAUAUAAAAAAAGAACUCCACGUCACAGGAGUGCGAGUCCUUAUAGAAGGAAGCGUCAGACUAGUGAGGAGCGUCGUGAUAUGAUUGAGCAGUGGAAUCGUGAACGAGAAUCCAAAAAUAUUUAA